AUGGCAUCCGGACGUAAGAAAGUGCUUUUAAAGGUUAUUAUUCUCGGUGACAGUGGUGUUGGCAAGACAUCGUUGAUGAAUCAGUACGUCAACAAAAAGUUCUCCAAUCAAUAUAAGGCUACUAUCGGUGCCGAUUUCUUGACCAAAGAAGUCUUGGUUGAUAAUCGCUUGGUCACUAUGCAGAUUUGGGAUACAGCAGGCCAGGAACGUUUCCAGUCAUUAGGUGUUGCGUUCUAUCGAGGUGCUGACUGCUGUGUGCUUGCAUACGAUGUCAACAACAUCAGAAGUUUCGAGUCAUUAGAUCAAUGGAGAGAUGAAUUUCUAGUCCAAGCAUCACCCAGAGAUCCCGAUCGUUUCCCAUUUGUAUUGUUAGGUAAUAAGAUUGAUGUUGAAGAGAGCAGAAGAAUGGUAUCUCAGAAGCGUGCCAUGGCUUGGUGCCAGUCAAAGGGCAAUGUCCCUUAUUUUGAAACUUCUGCAAAGGAGGCCAUUAACGUUGAGCAGGCAUUUCAAACCAUUGCAAAGAAUGCUCUAUCUCAAGAGACCGAUGUAGAUAUUGAUUUUCCUGAUACCAUCCAAAUACCUAGUGGAAGACAAGAGCAAGAUCCUGGAUGUGCUUGUUAA